AAACUUUAAGCGGGUUUAAUAAAUAAGUUAACAUAGAUAUUAGUUGCGCCUUGGUUUCGACGGGACAAGUACUGGGACUCUUAAAAGAUUGUACUUCAACAAUUAAAGUGCGGAAUGGAUUCGUCUAAAGGUUAGCACUUACCACAAGUUUCAAAUGAUCGAAAUGGCGUUAUUGCUCAAAUGGAGAUCGAAAGCUAUAAAAAAGCAUAUGAAAAAGGCGAUAUAUUAAAGUUGAAGAGGCAUGUUGAAGAAGACAUCACCAAGUGGCGAAAUGUGCCAGUCAACAUUGCUAUCACGGGAAAUUCUGGGGCUGGCAAAUCCUCAUUCAUAAAUAGUUUUAGAGGUCUCAAAGCAAAUUGUGAAGGAGCAGCCAAGGUGGGUGUAGAAGAGACGACUAUAUUACCAACGAAAUAUGUGCAUCCAGUUAAUGAUAACCUAGCACUUUGGGACCUUCCAGGGUUAGGUACACAGAACUUCCCUAAAAGAACAUAUUUGCAAGACGUAAAGUUUGACAAGUAUGAUUUCUUCCUUAUUAUUACAGCAACUAGAUUCACAGAAAAUGAUUUGUGGUUAGCAAAGGAAGUUGAAAAGCGAGGGAAGAAGUUCUUUUUUAUCCGUUCAAAAAUGAGCAUUGAUGUACAGAAUGAUCUAUAUGAUAAUCCUAAGAACAGUAAAGAUGACACAGUCAGUAGAGUAAGAGAAGCGAUGGAAAAUUAUAUUGAAAAGGAGGAACUUACGAAUGUCAAAGUGUUCCUGAUUGACAACCACUGUCCGUGUGAUUAUGACUAUCCAGACUUUCUUGAUAAAAUGAUUGAUGCAGUACCUCAAAUAAAACAUGAGGCAAUAACAUUGACAGUGACACACUUAACCGAAAAAGUUAUCAAGAAGAAGGAAGAUCUAAUGCGUGAACGAAUGUACAAAGUAGCAAUAUGCUCGGCAGUUGAGGGGAUAUUACCUUUGCCGGGCAUGAAUAUAGUUGUUGAUGCAGUACUGAUACAAAAUGAAAUCAAUUUCUAUAAGAAACAACUUCGCCUUGAUGAUGCCUCGUUGCAAGAAAUUGCUCGGUCAAUGAAUAAAACAACUGAUGAGCUAACAGCAAGCAUAAACGUUGAGAAAGGUUUACUUAAAGAUCCUGCAAAGAUCCUUGUACAAAUUAUGAAAGAGCAUUUUACACGCAAAGGUGCUUCCUUUUUUGCUUCAGUUGCAUUCUCUAUAUUUGGCGGUUUAACAGCUGCGGGAACAUCUUACAUGAGAACUGUUGACUUUUUAUCCAACAGUUUGGACAAAUUAGUGCCGAUUGCAAUAGAGAUCAACAGACUAUUUAUACAAGAGCUUACAUCAUCAACCUUUUUAUCAAAGCUCUAAAAUGCAAAUAAUUAUUGAAUAGAUUCAGCUUCCAUAAUGUUUAGGUAACCAUGUCAUUGACAUUCGACGCAUAAUAAUGUUUCUCUUUGUAUUGCUUUGAAGUCAAUAUAUCAUAAUGAAUGUUGAAAUAAUGCAAAAAUAUAUCGGACUAGUUUCUUUUUGUGUGUAACUGUUUGCUUAGAGAAAAAAAACAUUUUGUUCAGUGAUAUACAAGUUAGAGAAUUUGUUAAAUACACUUACAGUGUGUGUUCUAUUAUGACAUUUUAUUGUGUAAAAAAGUCAAUUAAACAACAGUGUAU